AUGGGGUCGCAGACGUUGCAAAUCCUCCGGCAGGGGGUCUGGGCCGCGCUCAGCGGGGGCUGGUACUAUGACCCGCACCAGGCCACCUUCGUGAACGCGCUGCACCUCUACCUGUGGCUCUUUCUGCUCGGCCUGCCCUUCACCCUCUACAUGGCUCUUCCGUCUUCCAUGAUUAUAGUAGCAGUUUAUUGUCCUGUGAUAGCUGCUGUUUUCAUUGUUCUGAAGAUGGUCAACUACCGACUACAUAGAGCACUUGAUGCUGGAGAAGUUGUAGAUAGGAGAACAAAUGAGUUCACAGAGCAGCGAACCAAAACUGAACAAGGCAACUGUUCAGCUAGGAGAAAAGACAGCAAUGGCCCAAGUGAUCCUGGCGGAGGGAUUGAAAUGUCUGAGUUUAUUCGAGAGGCAACACCCCCAGUUGGUUGCAGUUCAAGGAAUUCUUACGCUGGUCUAGAGCCAAGCAACCAGAUUGGAUCUGGUUCCUCUCGUCUUGGAACAGCAGCAACCAUUAAAGGAGAUACAGACACUGCUAAAACUUCUGAUGAUAUCAGUUUAAGUCUGGGUCAGAGCUCUAGUAUUUGUAAGGAAGGAAGUGAAGAACAAGAUUUGGCAACGGAUCGGAAGCUCUUCCGUCUGGUCUCCAAUGACUCCUUCAUCUCCAUUCAGCCUUCCUUAUCCUCUUGUGGACAGGAUUUACCAAGGGACUUCAGCGACAAAGUGAGCCUGCCAAGUCACAGCCACCACCACCACGUUGACCAGUCUCUGUCUAGUGCCUGUGACACAGAAGUGGCUUCUCUCGUACCUUUACACUCACACUCUUACAGGAAAGACCACCGGCCGCGAGGUGUACCACGGACUUCUAGCUCUGCUGUAGCUUUUCCAGAUACUUCACUGACUGACUUCCCUCUCUAUCAACAAAGACGUGGGUUAGAUCCAGUCAGUGAGUUAGAAUCUUCCAAGCCUCAUUCUGGAUCAAAAGAAUCCUUGGUGGAGAAUUCUUGUUUAUCUGGGGAAUUUCAGUUUGUUGGUGACCUGAAGAAAAGCAAUUCUCAGCCACCCACAAAAACUGGGAAGCGCAAGCCUUUAAAAGCAGACAAAAGCAUGGACAGCUUGAGGAGCCUGAGCACACGGAGCAGUGGGUCUACUGAAAGCUAUUGCAGUGGGACAGACCGUGACACUAACAGCACUGUCAGCAGCUAUAAAAGUGAGCACACCAGCUCAACUCACAUAGAAAGCAUCCUGUCAGAACAUGACGAGUCUCCUAACAUAGGAAGAAAAGGUGAUGGCAAAAAAGAAGGCAGUGUCGACGCAGAAGCAAAGAGUGACAAAAGGACUAGUAGUGAAAAACCUGCUUUGGAAGGCAGUACUAAUAGUGGGGUUCAAGAGGCCAAGGAUUCUAACACCUCUGAUGAUAUGCACAACCAGAGAAGUCUCAGUACCUCUGCAUCUGAAGAAGCCAAUAAAAAUCCUCAUGCAAAUGAAUUUACUUCACAAGGGGACACACCUCUGGAGAAGACACCUGAAAGCAUAGAGGAACAGGGUGGCAAGUCAGCCGUUUCAUUGGAUUCAAAAAUGUGUAAAGAUGUUGGUGGAAAGCAAAAGGAAGGGGAUGUACGACCCAAGUCUUCCAGCUUAAUCCACCGGACAGCCUCUGUCCACAAGUCAGGCAGGAGACGGACAGGGAAAAAACGGGCCAGCAGUUUUGACUCAAGUCGGCACAGGGACUGUGUUUCCUUUCGUGGUGUUUCUGUUACUAAACCACAUAGUGCAGUAUUUUGUCAUGAUGAGGACUUCAGUGAUCAAAGUGACUUGAGUAGGACAUCCAGUAUUCGGUCUGCUCACCAGUUCAGCAGUGAUAGCUCUUCUAGUACCACUUCUCAUUCAUGUCAGUCUCCCGAAGGCAGAUACAGUGCUCUAAAGACCAAAUACACUCAUAAAGAAAGGGGCACAGACUGUGAACACACACACAAGGCUCAUUCGGGUCCUGAAGGAACUGGCAAAAAGCGGGCCACACGACGGACUUCCAGCUCAAAUAGUGCCAAAACUCGUGCCCGAGUGUUGAGCCUGGACAGUGGUACAGUUGCGUGUUUGAAUGACUCCAAUAGGCUCAUGGCACCUGAAAGCAUAAAACCAUUAACCACGUCAAAAUCAGAUCUUGAGGCCAAAGACGGAGAGGUGCUAGAUGAGCUGUCUUUAUUGGGAAGGGCUUCGCAGUUAGAGACAGUUACUCGAUCUAGGAAUAGCUUGCCAAGCCAGGUUGCAUUUCCUGAAGGGGAAGAGCAAGAUGCAGCCAGUAGAGCAGCGCAGGCCAGCGAGGAGGUGGUGUCAUUUCGCCGUGAACGCAGCACUUUUAGGCGCCAGGCAGUACGGCGCCGGCACAAUGCAGGGAGUAACCCUACCCCUCCUACAUUGCUCAUCGGAUCACCCCUAAGCCUUCAAGAUGGUCACCAAGGCCAGCAGUCCACAGCCCAAGUCCAACUCCAGUCCCGUCCCCCUUCCCAGGCUGCUGUGCUCACUGCUAGUGCCUCCUUGCUGGUGAGAAAUGGGAGUGUCCACUUAGAAGCAUCACAUGACAGUGCUUCUGCUGUAGGCGGCAGCAGUUUGCACGAUGAACUUGGUAAGUUCUCUUCUACGCUCUAUGAGACUGGUGGCUGUGAUAUGUCACUUGUGAAUUUUGAACCAGCAGCAAGAAGAACAUCCAAUGUCUGUGACACGGAUUCUCACGUAUCCAGUUCUACCUCAGUUCGAUUUUAUCCGCAUGAUGUGCUCUCUCUUCCACAGAUUCGACUGAAUAGAUUAUUGACCAUCGACACAGAUUUGUUGGAGCAACAGGGCAUUGAUCUAAGCCCUGACUUGGCAGCUACUUAUGGUCCAACAGAAGAAGCUGCCCAAAAGGUUAAACAUUAUUACCGUUUUUGGAUCCUACCCCAACUAUGGAUUGGCAUUAACUUCGACAGACUGACACUUUUGGCCCUGUUUGAUAGAAAUCGUGAGAUCCUGGAAAAUGUGUUAGCUGUCAUUUUGGCUAUUCUUGUGGCUUUUUUGGGAUCUAUUCUUCUGAUACAAGGCUUUUUCCGAGAUAUCUGGGUUUUCCAGUUCUGCCUGGUGAUAGCCAGCUGCCAAUACUCACUGCUCAAGAGUGUCCAACCAGAUUCUUCUUCUCCAAGACAUGGUCAUAAUCGUAUCAUUGCCUACAGUAGACCAGUUUAUUUCUGUUUGUGCUGUGGUCUUAUUUGGCUCUUGGAUUAUGGUAGCAGAAACAUGACUUCAACCAAGUUCAAAUUAUAUGGAAUAACUUUUACCAACCCACUGGUACUUAUAUCAGCCAGGGAUUUAGUUAUAGUGUUUACACUUUGUUUCCCAAUAGUAUUUUUCAUUGGUCUCCUGCCUCAGGUGAAUACAUUUGUAAUGUACCUUUGUGAGCAAUUGGAUAUUCAUAUAUUUGGUGGUAAUGCCACAACAAGCCUGCUUGCAGCACUUCACAGUUUUAUCUGUAGCAUUGUGGCGGUAGCCCUGCUGUAUGGACUGUGUUACGGCGCUCUAAAGGAUUCUUGGGAUGGCCAACAUAUUCCAGUACUUUUCUCCGUUUUUUGUGGUUUGUUAGUAGCAGUAUCAUAUCAUCUCAGCCGACAAAGUAGUGAUCCAUCUGUACUUUUCUCUUUGGUGCAAUCAAAGAUUUUUCCAAAAACGGAAGAGAAAAAUCCUGAAGAUCCCCUGUCUGAAGUAAAAGAUCCAUUGCCUGAAAAACUUAGAAAUUCUGUUAGUGAACGCUUACAGUCUGACCUAGUGGUCUGCAUUGUAAUCGGUGUGCUGUAUUUUGCUAUUCAUGUAAGCACAGUAUUCACAGUUUUGCAGAUUUCCUAUGCUGCCACUAUGAUGUGGUUUGAGAAACUUCAUGUGUGGCUUCUUUUUGUGGAGAAGAAUAUCAUCUACCCAUUGAUUGUUCUCAAUGAGCUUAGUAACAGUGCAGAGAUGAUUGCUAGUCCAAAAAAACUGGAUACAGAACUAGGUGCUUUAAUGAUCACCAUUGCUGGUUUGAAGUUGCUGAGAUCCUCUUUUAGCAGCCCUACUUAUCAGUACAUCACAGUCGUCUUCACCAUUCUCUUUUUCAAAUUUGAUUAUGAAGCUUUUUCAGAGACCAUGCUACUGGACCUCUUCUUCAUGUCCAUACUCUUCAACAAGCUUUGGGAACUCCUUUAUAAAUUGCAGUUUGUGUAUACCUACAUUGCCCCAUGGCAGAUUACCUGGGGUUCUGCCUUCCAUGCUUUUGCUCAGCCCUUUGCAGUGCCCCACUCAGCCAUGUUGUUUGUUCAGGCUAUUGUUUCAGCCUUCUUUUCUACUCCACUAAACCCUUUCCUGGGAAGUGCAGUGUUCAUCACUUCAUACGUCCGGCCUGUGAAAUUCUGGGAGAGAGACUAUAACACAAAACGAGUGGAUCAUUCAAAUACCAGACUGGCUUCCCAGCUUGACAGAAAUCCAGGAUCAGAUGACAACAAUUUGAAUUCCAUCUUUUAUGAGCAUUUAACCAGAUCCUUACAACACAGUCUCUGUGGCGACCUGCUUCUAGGACGCUGGGGGACUUACAGUACUGGGGAGUGCUUCAUUCUGGCCUCUGACUACCUCAAUGCACUAGUGCACCUUAUUGAGAUAGGCAAUGGCCUGGUCACAUUCCAGCUGCGGGGACUGGAAUUCAGAGGUACUUACUGUCAACAACGGGAAGUGGAAGCUAUUACUGAGGGUGUAGAGGAAGAUGAAGGAUUCUGCUGUUGUGAACCGGGCCAUAUUCCUCAUGUGCUUUCAUUUAAUGCUACAUUUGGCCAGCGCUGGCUUGCUUGGGAAGUGGUAGUCACUAAGUAUAUUUUGGAGGGUUACAGCAUCACUGACAAUAGUGCUGCUUCUAUGCUUCAAGUCUUUGACCUUCGGAAAGUGCUUACCACCUAUUAUGUGAAGGGUAUCAUUUAUUAUGUCACAACAUCCUCUAAGUUAGAGGAAUGGCUUGCUAAUGAACCAAUGCAGGAAGGACUCCGUCUCUGCGCAGAUCAAAAUUAUGUUGAUGUGGACCCGACCUUUAACCCAAACAUUGAUGAAGACUAUGACCAUCGGCUAGCAGGCAUAUCCAGGGAGAGUUUCUGUGUGAGUUACCUCAACUGGAUAGAAUAUUGCUCUUCCCGAAGAGCAAAGCCUCUGGAUGUGGACAAAGAUUCAUCCCUGGUAACACUUUGUUAUGGACUCUGUGUCCUGGGGCGGAGAGCUUUGGGAACCGCAUCCCACCAUAUGUCUAGUAAUUUAGAAUCAUUCCUCUAUGGAUUACAUGCCCUAUUUAAGGGAGAUUUCCGUAUUUCUUCAAUUCGAGAUGAAUGGAUCUUUGCUGACAUGGAAUUGUUAAGAAAAGUAGUAGUUCCUGGAAUACGUAUGUCCAUUAAACUUCACCAGGAUCACUUUACUUCUCCAGAUGAGUACGACGACCCCACUGUCCUCUAUGAAGCCAUUGUGUCUCAUGAAAAAAACCUCGUAAUAGCUCAUGAAGGGGAUCCUGCAUGGCGGAGUGCAGUCCUCGCCAACUCUCCUUCCUUGCUUGCUCUGCGGCAUGUCAUGGAUGAUGGCACCAAUGAAUAUAAAAUCAUCAUGCUCAACAGACGCUACCUUAGCUUCAGAGUCAUUAAAGUGAACAAGGAAUGUGUCCGAGGGCUUUGGGCAGGGCAACAGCAGGAGCUUGUUUUCCUACGUAACCGUAACCCAGAAAGAGGUAGCAUCCAAAAUGCAAAGCAAGCUCUGAGAAACAUGAUAAACUCAUCUUGUGAUCAACCUAUUGGCUACCCAAUCUUUGUCUCACCCCUGACAACUUCUUACUCUGACAGCCAUGAACAGCUUAAAGAAAUUCUUGGGGGACCUAUCAGCUUGGGAAACAUCAGAAGCUUCAUCGUAUCCACCUGGCACAGGUUAAGGAAAGGGUGUGGAGCUGGUUGUAACAGUGGUGGCAAUAUUGAAGAUUCAGAUACCGGAGGUGGAACUUCCUGCACUAGUCACAAUGCAACCACUGCCAAUGAUCCCCACAGCAACGUGUCCCAAGGAAGCACUGGACACGCAGGACAAGAAUCAGGAGCAGGGCUCCAUCCACCUGUCACAGCUCAUCCUCCAGCAUUAGGCACUAGCCACAGCUCUCACUCUGUCCAGUCAAGUCUGGUCAGACAGUCCCCUGCGCGAGCCUCGGUAGCCAGCCAGUCCUCUUACUGCUAUAGUAGCCGGCAUUCAUCUCUCCGGAUGUCCACUACUGGAUUUGUGCCUUGCCGGCGCUCUUCCACCAGUCAGAUAUCACUUCGAAACUUACCUUCAUCCAUCCAGUCCCGCCUCUCCAUGGUGAACCAGAUGGAACCCUGCGGACAGAGUGGCAUGGCCUGUGUGCAGCACGGCCUACCUUCUUCCAGCAGCUCCAGCCAAAGCAUCCCAGCCUGCAAACACCAUGCUCUUGUGGGCUUUCUUGGGACAGAUGGAGGUCAGAAUGGUGCCACUGAUGCACAGCCAGGCAACAGUCCUGCCAAUAAUUCACAUGCCAAAAAGGGGGAAGUGAUUUACAGAGUCCAAAUUGUGGAUCCCAGUCAAAUUCUGGAUGGAAUCAACCUGUCAAAAAGGAAAGAGCUGCAGUGGCCCGACGAAGGAAUUCGGUUAAAAGCUGGGCGAAACAGCUGGAAAGACUGGAGUCCUCAGGAAGGCAUGGAAGGCCAUGUGAUUCACCGAUGGGUGCCUUGCAGCAGAGAUCCAGGUACUAGAUCCCACAUCGACAAGACAGUACUGCUGGUCCAGAUUGAUGAUAAAUAUGUGACUGUAAUUGAAACUGGGGUACUAGAACUUGGAGCUGAAGUGUGAGCAAGUAUUUUAUAACUACAUUAUUUCCCUCUGAAUUCCAAGACAGGAAGAAAGAGGAGAGAGCAGAAGAUGCCAGCAGGCAUCACUUUGAUCUGAUGUGGGAGAGACUUGGAAAUAGAGUGGGCUUGGGAAAGCGCCUCUCCUUCACCCUUCACCAUGACUUCUGUCACUGUCUUCAUCCCCAAAUAAAGCAGAAAUAUUUUUUU